AUGGAUGAUCUGAUUUCUCAGGAGGAAAUUCGCGGUAUAGAGAGGAAAUUAAAGGAGGCGUAUCGGGAUGAGGAAUUAUACUGGCAACAAAAGAGUAGGAAGUUUUGGUUACGGGUUGGGGACAAGAACACAAAAUUUUUCCAAGCCUCCACUCGACAGCGUCGGGUAAUAAAUAGGAUCAUUGGAUUGUUUGAUGCAGAUAAUGUAUGGAAUGAAUCGGUUACAGGUAUGGAGAAUAUUGCUACAAAUUAUUUUGAGGACCUCUUCAGGAAUUCAAAUACCCGCGGUGUUUCGGAGAUGUUACAGGAGGUUACCCCUUUAAUUUCGGAUGUUAUGAACAGAGAGCCUAUUCGGGAUAUUUCUGAAGCGGAAGUUCGGAAAGCCCUGUUUGCUAUGCAUCCGGAGAAAACACCAGGACCUGACGGAAUGACGGCUUUGUUUUUUCAACGUUUUUGGUCCUCCUUGAAAGGAGAUUUAGUGGCGCUGGUCAGAGAGUUUUUCCGAUUAGGUAGUUUUGAUCCACGCUUGAAUGAGACAAAUAUUUGUCUUAUUCCUAAAGUUGAUCGGCCGCAGCGGAUGACGGAGUUUAGACCGAUAAGUCUUUGUAAUGAAAUGUUCCAUGGGUUAAAUACUAAUCAUAGGUGUAGGUCGGAGUAUCUGGCCUUUAAAACGGAUAUGAGUAAGGCUUAUGAUCGUGUGGAAUGGGGUUUCUUAGAGGCGAGAGGUCUACGUCAGGGGGACCCGUUAUCACCGUAUUUGUUUAUUCUUUGCACAGAGGUUCUGAUAGCGAAUAUUAAAAAGGCUGAACGGGAAAAGAAAGUAACGGGUAUCACAAUCGCUCGCAAUAGUCCUACCAUUUCGCAUUUGCUGUUUGCGGAUGAUAGUCUGUUUUUCUGUAAAGCAGAGGUGGCUGAAUGUCAGACGGUCAUGGAAAUUAUCAGAAAUUAUGGCAAAGCCUCAGGGCAAGAGGUUAAUUUAGAAAAAUCUUCUAUAAUGUUUGGCAAGAAGGUUACUUCUGCGAUAAGGGAUCAGUUAAAAUCAGUUAUUGGUAUUUCUAAAGAGGGAGGUAUGGGUUCUUAUUUGGACAUCCCUGAAAACCUCCAAGGAUCAAAAAUGAAGGUUUUUGGAUAUGUCAAGGAUCGGUUGGAUGAUCGCGUCAAUGGUUGGAAUGCAAAGCUUUUAUCGAAGGGUGGUAAGGAGAUUAUGAUUAAAUCAGUGGCAUUGGCACUUCCUACUCAUGUAAUGUCCUGUUACAAACUGCCGCAAGAGUUGACAUCCAAGUUAACGAGUGCUAUCUCCACUUUUUGGUGGAAAUCCAAUGAUAGGGCUCGUGGUCUACAUUGGGUGGCCUGGGAUAAUUUAUGUAAGGAUAAGUGUGAAGGGGGUCUAGGUUUCAGAGCCCUGGAACAAUUUAAUGAUGCUAUGUUAGCGAAACAGUAUUGGCGGUUAAUUCAACAUCCGACGUCCUUAAUGGCACGGGUAUUGGUGGAACAUGGAGCGCGGUGGGCGGUAGGCUCGGGUUGUUCUAUUUCGGUUUGGAGAGACCCAUGGAUACCGGAUACCCGUCCACGCGCAGCAAAUGGUCAGGGACGACUCUGGUUACCGAGUUGGAUGGUGAACCACUUAAUUAAUCCUGUUACGAAGGAUUGGCAUUUGCCUACUCUGGAGGAGUUUCUGGAUCCGGGGGAUAUACUGAUUAUUCGGAGUAUGGCGGUCAGUAAGGUCCAGCAAUCGGAUCGAUUAGUUUGGCACUUUACCAAGUCAGGGAGGUAUACUGUUAAAUCAGGUUAUCGGUUAGCCAGAGAAUUAAUGACGGAAGUCGAAUAUGGGCCGUCAUGUAUGGCCCUUAGGGCCCAGUCGUGGAAACUUGAUGUUCCACCGAAGGUCCAACAUUUUAUCUGGCAGAUUGCUUCGGGUACUCUUCCAGUGUUAGAACGACUUGCGUAUAGGGGUGUCCGGUGUGAUACUCUUUGCAAACGGUGUGAAUCUGCAUCAGAGACGAUCAAUCAUGCUCUAUUCGAGUGCCCCCGCUUGCGCGACGUUUGGGGGUUGUCACCGGUUCUGUUAAGCCCAGAUAGUUUUCCUUAUGCUUCAAUCUAUGCAAAUUUAGAUUUUAUUUUCUGGCGUGCAGCUUCUCAGUCGGGGGUUCCCGAUGUAGCUUUCCGCCUCUCCUGGAUACUUUGGUCACUAUGGAAGGACAGGAAUAAAAAAGUUUUACAGGGGUUAGAGGCAGAGCCAUUGGAGAUUUUACUUUAG